UCUCUAUUUCAGGUCUCUCCAAUGCUGACGUAAUCUUGCUGACGUCAUCUAAAAUGACGUCGUUUCACUACCUAACCAAAUCUCUGUACCCACUUCGUAUAAUCGUAUAUAAAUCCCACCUGAGUUCCAGCCAUUUCUGUAACCUUCUUCUUCAUCUUCUUCUUCUUCUUCAUCGUCCUCUUCAUCAAAUGGAUCGCCAUUUCCAGUUCUCGACUUCGUCUUCCUCGGCUGCAAAGAUCGAACGGCGAAUCGUAGAGAAAAACAGAAGAAACCAGAUGAAAACCCUCUGUUCUCAGCUCAAUUCCCUUCUCCCAAAUCAGGAUUCCAAGGAGAUUUCAUUAGCAUUGCCGGAUCAAAUCGAUGAAGCUGUUAAGUACAUAAAAGAGCUGGAGAAGAAAGUGAAUUUAGCUAAGGAGAAGAAGGAAAAGCUAGAGGGGAAGAACAAGAGCUCCAUGAAUAUCGAGUCUUCGUCGUCGUCGUCGGCUUCGCCUCAGCUCAAAAUCCAUCAAUCUGGUCGAAGCUUGGAGAUAAUUUUAAGCAGUGGAUUGGAUAAUCAGUAUCUCUUCUCUGAAACCAUUAGCAUUCUUCAAGAAGAAGGCGUUGAAGUUGUGAAUGCUAGCUUCUCUGUUUCUGGGAGCUCUGUUUUUCAAACAUUCCAUGCACAACUCGAGGGCUCGAUGAUCGAAUUCGAGGCAGCGAAGGUGACGGAGAGAUUGAAGCGAUUGGUUUACGGAUCAAACAGCGACAUGGAAUUGCAGAAGGAGAAGCAAUGGUGGGAUGAAUUCCCUUCUGAUGAUUUGGAUUAUUAAUUCCAACAAAAACAGGUCAAGUUCAUAAGAAUACAUUUAAAGACAACAAGCUGAAAAGAAAAAGGAGAAUAAAGGAGUCUUCAGAUUGUGUUGGUUCCAAAUGUGUUGGAGUAAGGAACAAAGUCUAUGAUACUCCUAAUUAAACUUACUUUUCUGCUUAAUAUAAAUAGAAAAUAAAUGAGACGAGAAGAUUUGAAAUUUUCGCUCUCGAGUUUAAUAUAGAAUACAAGGGUCGAUGUUUUUAUAUUCUUGUUUAUAAACAUAGUACUUGUAGACACGAUUUCUCCCUUGUAGACACGUGAAAACCUCUCCAUAGUAGACACGUUUUAACAAGGGUG